ACAUAAUUGGCUUUCUUGAUUCAUCGUGCCAUCCUACUUCUCUGUAAGAACAAUAUACAGUGGCAGUGUAAAACUGUAGAUUAAACUGGAAGCGUACGAUCCAAAGAGCUGUCUGUCGAUAGCAUAAAUUCCAGAUUCAAUUGAUGAGAUUUACCAAUUCCUGAAGAAUAAACAGUCUCCUCUUUCUUCUUCGUCUUCUUCCCUGCUCUCUCUCCCAAUCUCCCUCCUGAAUCUCGCAUCAAACCUCUCCAUCUUGAAUCCAACAUGUCGAACCAAUUGGACCACGGCGGCGCCUAUCCCAGCCCCGACCAGCCGGAACCCACGACCCGACCGGUCGGCGGAACCGAGUACAGCUGGUGCAGAGCCGUCCCCGCCGGCACUGGCAUCACCGUCCUAGUCCUUCUCCUCUCCAAACCCCCAGAAAUUCGAAUUCUCCAAAAUGCCCUCCACAAGCUCCAGAGCUCCCACCCGAUCCUCCGCUCCAAGCUCCACUUCGACGCCGUCGCCAACACCUUCUCUUUCGUCGCCUCCCCGUCGCCUUACCUCCAAAUCCAGCAGUUCGAUCUCGCCUCCACCGCCGACAUUGUCACCAGCGCCGCCGCAGACGGAAUCGAGAAGUUCUCCAUCCCCAAGCACCAGCUGGUCAUCGAGCACGAGAUGAACAAGAACCCCUGGGCCACCGACCCAAACGCCGACGCCGAGCUCUUCUUCGUGAGCUCUUACGCCCUGAGCGACACGCGGUGGGUGUUGGCGCUCCGGCUGCACACCGGUGCGUGCGAUCGGUCGUCCGCGGUGGCUCUGCUAGCGGAGCUGCUGGAGUUGGUCGGCGGAGGGAAAGAAAUCGAGGUUGGAUCGGGAUCGGGAUUGGGAUUGGGUAUCGAGGAGUGCAUCCCUAGCGGGAAAGCGAACAAGCCGUUCUGGGCGCGUGGGAAGGACAUGCUUGGUUACUCCCUGAAUGCUCUGCGGACUGCCAAUUUGGAAUUCGUCGACGCCGCCGGCUCCCCCCGCUGCUCCCGCUUGGUCCGGCUGAUGCUGAGCUCCGACCACACCGCCAAGCUCGUCUCCGCUUGCAACGCAAGGAAUAUAAAACUGUGCGCAGCAUUAGCAGCUGCUGCAAUGAUCGCCGCACGUUCUACCAAAGACCUUCCUGAUCAACUCCAGCGAGAGAAAUAUUCCAUCGCGACCCUCCUCGACUGUCGCUCGAUUCUCGACCCCGUCCUGAGCAUCCACCACCUCGGAUUCUACCACUCGGCCAUUACCAAUUCACACGACGUGAACAUGGAAGACAAGCUGUGGGAGCUGGCCGAGAGGUGCUACAAAUCCUACGCCGACGCCAAGAAGAACAACAAGCACUUCAGCGACAUGUCGGACCUCAACUUCCUGAUGGUCAAGGCCGUUGAGAACCCGGGCCUGACCCCAUCUUCAGCCCAGCGAACUGCGCUGGUCUCGGUGUUCGAGAAUGCGCUGAUCGACGACACCAACGAUCUGCAUUCCCUGCUCGGCAUCGAGGACUUCGUAGGGUGCGCUUCGAUCCACAGCGUGGGUCCUUCGCUCGCCAUUUUCGACACCAUAAGGAACGGAGAGUUGGAUUGUGCGUGCGUAUAUCCGUCGCCGCUGCACUCCAGGGAGCAGAUGCACAAGUUCGUGGAUGAUAUAAAGCGAAUCCUCGUCGACUCCUUGUGAAGAAGUUGUCGGCAGAAAUUUUAAUUUAGCCUUCCUUAAUCAAGUAAACAAGGCAGUUCAUAGACAUGGUCUGGGUUGAAAUGUUAUUUUGUCGUACUACAACUGUACAAUGUGACAAAUAAGAAGAAAAAGAGAGCUCUUUGUUUGUCAGUUUGGAUUUGGAUUGAGCUUUGACUUGUGAGUAGGCAGAUGCAGACAAUCAGAAGAUCACUGGUUUAGGGUCCUUUUACCUACAGCUGUGGCGAUCUUAACUAGAGAUGAGCGAGAUUGUGAGGAUGAAGGUGAAGGUGAAGAAGCAGCAGAAUAGAAGUCAAGCUUCGCUGCGCCAAAUCGACUGGACCGCUUGCUUUCUAUCGCCUUGAUUGCAGGCAAGAAAAAGACACGUUGAAUUUGUGAAGGGUUAGGGAACUGAUUGAUUGAUAUUGCUCUCUCAUCUGAUACAAAUGAUUGAUAUUUGAUACGGUAAAAAAAAAAAAAACACCAGAGAGCUAUGGACUAUGGAUCCAUAUUAGUUGACAACCGAUUAUGGUGCUCACUGAAAGUGCCGAAAAGCCAUGAUCUAUGUAUUCAUAUUAAUUGACAAUCCGAUUAUACUACUCACAUCUUGUGAGUUGUGAGACUAUUCUUACAGUCUUACUGCUGUG